GCUCACACACCGACCCCAGACAUGAAGGUUCUCGUACUCAUUGCUUUGGUGGGCGCCGCGUGCGCCGCCGCUCUUCCUGCGGAUGCUCCGGUCCCCGUGACAGACACUGAGGAAGUGAUGAAAGCCAAAGCAGAGUUCAAGGCAGCCUUCGAGGCCGCCGCCGCCGCUGCUGCUGCUGACGAGGUCCCACAGGUGAUUCUUCCCGAAGGAGCUCCCCUCCCUGUUGAAGACACUGCAGAAGUCGCUGCUGCCAAGGCUAACUUCCAGGCUGCUUUUGACGCCGCUGCAGCUCGUGCUGAAGCCGCCCCCGACACCGACCUGGAUGGUAAAAUCUCCACCUACACCGGCCUCCUCUCCACCAUCGACGGCAGACUGUCUCCCCUCUACACCAACACCUUCCCAUACGGUGCCUACGGUCUUCACGCUCCUGCACUUGCUGGAGCCCCUUUGGCCUACAGCAGUCUUGGCUUCCCAGGCUAUGGCCUCCACGGUGGUUAUGGCCUCCAGGGAUAUCCUUUCAUCAUGUUUGCAGCUGCUGAGGCAUAGACCUCCUCUUCUUGGUUACCUUGUCACUGUGUGAGAUUUUUGUCUUGUAUAUAACUUUUCUUUGCAUAUAAUACCGAACUGUAAUAUAAGAUCACUUCUUAAACAGAUUCAUAAAAAAACAUUCAAAUAAAAACUGAUA